AUGGACCACAUGCCACCGAUCUCGGUGGAGGAGCAUGGCGAUGGGGCCGUGCAGCCGAACGAGGCCUUCAAGGAACAGCUCUACUCGCAGCUCAAGCGAUCGGGCGUUGUGUCCACACUCAAGGCCCAGCUGCGUGCGCAGCUGCUUGCCCAGCUCCAACCUGGCGCCCGCGCCGCGCCCGGCGCACUGCUGGUCGCCGCGCCCGCGCGCGACCAGUUCGCGCUUCCAACGUCCCUGACACAGCAGCAGCAGCAGCAGCAGCGCCCGUCGCGCAAUGGCACGCGGCUCUGGCGCGCCGCGAUGGACGCCUUGGUCGCCGACCACCUGGCCGCGUGCGGCCGCGCCUGCAGCCUUUCAGUGUUUGCCGCAGAGGCCCAUCUGCCCGACCACGGCAGCAGCGGAGGCGGCGCCCUCGGCAGGGACGACCUCCUCGUGCUGCUGCGGCUGGCGGAGCGACACCCCGCGGUGCAUGGGGAGCUGCGGCGGCUUGCGGCCGACGAGGACGGGGCCGGCAGCCUCGGCGCCUCGCUGCUGGAGGCCCUCGCCGCGGCGGACAGCAGCGCAGCCGCCGGCCGCCAGGCAGGGCCCCCAGACACGCCGCCGCUGCAGCAGCCGCAGCCUCCGGCGCAGCAGCCGGCGCUACCGGAGGCGCCCCUGACGGUGGCGGGCCAACUCAGGGCGGUUGAGGAGGCGCACGCGCGGCGCCGCGGCCGCGGGCCCGCCCAGGGCGCGCAUCAGCCGGCGGAUGGUAACAGCAAUGGUGGUGGCGGCGACGGCGACUGGGGUCUUCCGAUAGAGGAGCGGAUGGCGCGGUACCGACAGGAGCGCCUGCGGCGCCAGCAGCGCGAGGUGGAGGCAGCGGCGUCCGAGGCGCGGCGGCGCCUGCUGUCCGAGGAGCAGAGAAUCGAGGCGCUGCGGUCCGAGGUUGCGGCGUCGUUGGAGCGGCGGGAGCGCGGCGUCGAGGCGGGGGAGGCGGCGCUGGCGGAGGCGCGCUGCCUGCUGCAGGGUGGGUGCGCUGUGUGUGUAUGUGUGUAG